AUGACCACCACCUGUCAUUACCCCCAACCACCACCCACCACCCAUUACCACCACCCAUUACCACCACCCACCUCUACCACCCAUCACCACCACCCACUUCCACCAACCCCACCAACACCGACCACCACCACCUAUCACCACUACCCGCAUUUACCACCACCCACCUCCACCACCCUACCACCAACCAUCACCACCGACCACGGACAACCACCGACCACCACAUACCUUCACCACCCAUCACAACCACUCGCCACCACUAACCCACCCAUCACCCACCAAAAACACCAUACACCAUCACCAUCCUCACCACCAACCACCACCCACCCACCGACCAUCACCACCUAUCACCUUCACCUGUCUCCACCAACCAUCACUACCGCUCGUCACCGCUACCUGCCACCCACUAUAAUCACCACCCCACAUGUUAACCCCACCACCCUUCACCACCAUCACCAUUUACCACCUACCACCAUCAAACGUCACUACACACCACCACCACCUGUGUUUAUCUAG